UAAAUUAAAAUUCCUUCUUUUUAUUUAAAACUUUCUUUAGAAGUUUACAGUAUUUAAUUUAUUAUUUUACAGCCUACCCACUUUGUAUUUCGUUAAUGAGUUCGUCCUUCACUUGCUACCUACAUUGUCUAGCAUAAAAUUGUUACAAUUUACAACAGUUUAUUUAAAAGGUGCUUCAAAAGUGGAGAUGGAGGACUUUGAAAUAUUUAUAAACUUUGACUGCCCUUCUAAAGCGUACUAUCCCGGCCAAAUAGUGUCCGGUUAUAUUGAAUUUAAACUGCAUCAAACACAAACUUUUACAGUAAUCCUGGUGCAGUUCCUCGGGGAAGCGGAGGUGAAUUGGGAGGAGAAGUAUGACACAUGCUCCGACAGAGAGGAAUACUUCGACUACACAUACCCAGUGCUUGGCGGGAAUGGCACCCCAGUGACCCUAUCCCCCGGCACACACAAGUACCAGUUCCAGUACCAGGUGCCGUUCACAGCCCCUUCCUCCUUCGAGGGCAGCCUCGGCAAGGUCUGGUACCGCGUGCUGGCCGGUUCCGAGCAGCCCGGCUGCGCCGUGGAGUGGUUCGAGGAGGACUUCUAUGUGGUUGCCCCGGUGGAUCUGAAUGCUGAUCCUGCUAUUAAGCAACCCAUGUCGUUCGACUUCGAGCAAGUCUACUCCUGCUGCCUGUGUCAAUCGGACCCAGUCUGCGUGCGGGUGUCGCUGCCCGCGUGCGGGUACUGUCCGGGGCAGGUCGUGCCCGUGCAGGUACAAGUGGAGAACAAUAGUGGGGUGGAGGUGAAGAAGAUAAGAUUUGAGAUUGUGCAGGUAUGUGGAUAUGGGGAGAAAGAAAGCUACUCCGUACAAAACGGGGCCUCGCAAUGCACGGAACCAGAGCGCCCCCUAGCUCUAGGCGCGGGGGCGGCAACCCUGGGCCCGGUGCUCGCGGGGGCGCACAGAGAGAAGGUCGUGGAGCUGACCGUGCCCCCCAUGAUCGUGCCCAACUUGAGCAAUUGUAGGCUUAUCGAUGUCAAGUAUUAUUUUAAGAUCACCCUCCAAGUGACCGGCUGCAACGACGACGAAGAAGACGAACAAGAGAUAUUCCUCGGAUCCAUCCCUCUAGCGGGACUCCAGGGGAACUACACACACCCGCUACAGGAGAAACUGCCUCAGGGGUCCAUCCCGCCGCCCCCCGCCAUGCCGAUACCGCCCAUAAUACAACCCAAUAUAGCCCAAGUUAACGUACCAGGGAAUCUAGCCCAGCCAAUGCAUUACGGCUCUCAAACUAUGUAUCCUCCAUAUCAGAAUCAGACGCCUUAUCCGAAUCAGUCUCCAUACAAUCCGAGUGCAGGCCAAAAUAACCCGUAUCCCCAGGCCGCAUCGCCGCAAAUUAAUUGGCAGUGGAACGGGAAUUCAGCGCCUCAAGUUGGGUUUGUGACUGGAUCUACGUCUCCAAGCGCCCCUCCUGAAUGAAACUGCUGAUAAUCCAUGUCAUCACUCAUCACACUUGUCUCUCCACAUUGUAGUGCCAUCUAUUACUGGUAAGGUUAUACACGGUGCCUUAAAUACUUAGUGCCAUCUCUUUACAAACUCAGGUAUUUUUGAACCUGUGUGAUGGCUUUAUGCUUUUAAUAAUAUUGAUGCCUUAAUUAGUGAUAAGAGAAAACAUUGUAUUAUAAAGGUAGAUGCACAAAAAAUCGAUUUAAGCAUUUUAAUAUAAUGGAGAUGAAUCUAUGUAUCAAUUAAAAUUGUAUUGGAUUUUAUCCACUGACAAUAUUAUUUCAAGAAAUUAACUCGUAUACUUAAAGAACAAUUUUUUUGCAACAAUUUUUUAUAUUUUAUUCAAACGUAAGGACAAGCACUCUUUUUAUGAUUUUU